AAAUUGGUCAAACGUUUAAUAGAGCUCAAUAAGCUAAAAGCUUUCUAAAAAGCUAUCUCCUUCCUCAUUUUUCCCUUUGUAGUUUGUAGCAUUCCACGUUUACGCUGCUCUCCUCUCUCUACCAUUGUAGCGUACUCUGAAUCUUCUAUUUGAGCGGCUUCUAAGCUUUCUCUCCUCCAUUGAAGCAGCUUCUCAGAUUGAUAGUGCUUAAUAAUCUUCCAAGAUUAUGUGGGUUUCUAGAAUUUCAAGUUUUGGAGCUCAGGCAAUCAAGAAAUUGACUCAAGGGCAAUUAUCACAUAUACAAAGAACACCAUACCUAUAUGCAUCUUCAAGCAGGAUGGAGACUUUGCUUCAGCUUCCCCCACAGACGCAUCGAUAUUUUUGUACCACUGAUUCCAGCAAAGAUGGAAAUGAGGAGCAACAAAUAAAUGUGACAUUUGUUGAAACAGAUGGUUCGGAGAAACAGGUUAAGGUUCCGAUAGGCACAAGCAUGCUAGAAGCUGCUCAUUCGAAUGACGUUGAGCUAGAAGGAGCAUGCGAGGGAUCCUGUGCAUGUUCCACAUGUCACGUUAUAGUAAUGGAUGUGGACUACUACAACAAACUGCCAGACCCAUCUGAUGAAGAAAAUGACAUGUUGGAUCUCGCCUUUGGGCUUACAGAAACGUCUCGCCUUGGUUGCCAAAUUGAAGCAAAGCCUGAACUAGAUGGAAUUCGCUUGGCUCUGCCUGUGGCCACCAGAAAUUUUGCAGUUGAUGGAUAUAAACCAAAACCACACUAGAUUGUUUUAUGACCCCGAUAAAGAGGUACAAAGGCAUAGUGCAGCUUUAGUUGGACAUUACCAAUGAGUAGAAUAGAGAUACAUCAGGCAUGCCGUGUCUGAUAAUUUAUUUCUUGCUAAACCGACAAGUGGUUAUUCAUUGGAAGUGUAAUAGAGUGAAUGCCCCGUUGUAUUUUGUAACAUGAGGCUUGGUAGCAUACAGCUAUAGAGCUAUACCAAUUUUGCUGAAUAAUGGCUACUGGAGAAAGUACCAUAAAGAAUCGUUGAGUUUCUGCAUGUACAAACCUACCUAAGAUAUCACUCAAUGGAAAAUUUUCUCAAAA